AUGCUAACGCUCGGUGCCUUUGUGUUAGGACCAGGUCCGCCGCUUCGAGGCAUGUCUGGAUUCCCCGCGCCACAGCAACCUCAGGCUCGAAACGCGACACUACCCUCUGCGCGAUUGCCGAACGGGAAGUUAGGCGGAACUUCUACUCUACAAACCAACCAACAACGCACAAUGGGAACUAUGGGCAGCUUUGCGCAAAGUCUUGGAGGCUCUCAACCGGCGACGCCUUUAGAUCUCUCCGAGUUUCCCUCUCUUUCGGGCGCACCACUGCAGUCACAAUCUCAGAACCCUGGGCAACAGGUCUGGGCCAAUGCUAGUCAACGAGCAGCCCAACACACACCAGUUCAGAGGCAGCAGCUCCCGCCGACGUCACAGCCCCCUUCUCGGACUUCCCAAACACCGUCGCAUCCUGUGCAGCAACCUCCUCAACCUCCGCACGAUGACAUGUUUCCUUCCGGGACGCAAUUCGCCAAUCGACUUGACGAUUUCAGAAAUGGUGGACAAGGGAUCAGUAGCCAGCUCGGAGCCGGCAGCCAGCCUCAAACAGGCAACAUUGACGAGUUCCCUCCUUUGGGCCGAAAUGCUGCUGCUGAGAUGGCUCAAGAUCGCCGAAGCUCCCUGAUGGCAGCCCCAGGUUUUGGAGGAUACGGCACUGGCAUUGGAACAUCUCGAUCACCUGUCAAUCAAGGGUCUAAUGGGAUUUUGGGACCAGAGAAGGAUGACUUGAACAACACCCUCAUGUCAAGCCAACGCAACUUCAGCGACCCGCAACAACAAUUGCAACAAAGGCAGCAACAGGCAAAUGAAGGUCAGGAAGUUUCCGACGCGCCUCAAAGUGCAGAGCAGCCGCCUCUGGCGCAGAUGAGCGAGCUGGAUCGCUUCGGACUGGCUGGCCUCUUGCGCAUGAUCCAUAGCGAGAGCCCCGAUGUGGCCAGUCUCGCAGUUGGUCAAGAUUUGAUGACCCUUGGCCUAGAUUUGAAUCAGCCUGAGUCCCUCCACACCUCCUUUGCCUCGCCAUUCGUAUCGUCUAUGUCCGCUGUACCCUUGGAACAAGAUUUCUCAUUGCCAUCUUGCUACAAUUAUGCCCAGGAUAUUGUGCAGGAGUUGGUCGCGGAGGAAUUGAUGGGUCGCAAAUGGCGGUAUCACAAACUUGAGCGUUGCUGGUUAACCCGCGAUGAAACGUAUCCUGGACCUAUGGACGUGGAACGAGGAGUGAGCGAGCGCGGAGUCUAUCUGCUCUGGGACCCUGCUAGCUGGAAAAAGAUCCGGCGCGAGUUUAUCCUCCGGUACGAGGACUUGGACAACCGACUGGACCCCAAUCGGGCCAUGAGCCGCCCAGCAGCGGUCGGCCCGACGCACGCUUCAUGA